AUGGCGACCAUGGCCGACCCGCUACCCAGCGCCCUGCACCGCCUGUCGCCCGACCUGCGCGACCGCAUCUACGAGCUUGUCCUCCAGCACAGCGCGGCCGUGUGGUGGCCUCCUUCGUCCUCCCCUGCGCCCGGCAAUGCCAUCGCCCUGCUCACCACCAGCCGUACUAUGCACGCCGAGGCUGCCCCAGUUCUCUACGCGGCCAACAGAUUCAUGUUCGCCCACCCCUCCGAUGCAAACAUGUUCGUCCACACCACCUCUCCUCUCUACUCGCGCUGCAUCACCAACAUCUGUCUACGUAUCCGUGACCGCGAUGUCCGUCUCUGGUCCACGUACCUUGGCAGCACCUCCUCGUAUCGCAGCCUGCAGCACGACUUCCCGCGCCUCAAGACGCUCUGGAUUUUCUUCCGCAGCAACUUCUGGUCACCCCGCGCAAACGACCUGUUUGAGUCCUUCUAUCGCUGGCGCGACGACCCGGCCAUGCGGGAGAUUUGCUUGAAUCUGGAGGGGCGCGUGCCGGAGAAUGCUGAUAUCAGGCUUGUCUGCGUGCACAGAGUGCCCAGGGCGCACAUCGACUCCUUGGUGCAGAACGUCUCCGAGCUGACUGUCAAUAAAUUCGGUACGGGCGAGGCAAGGACCCAGUUUAGGAGGCUUUUCGGGGUCAACAUUGCCCUUGAGCUGACCCCUGCGGACCCUACUCUGGCGGUAUGA